AUGACAAUACCGGAAAAAUCUGAACCACCAAACCGUCCUGAGGUGCCGGUUCUCAAGCGCAAUGGUUUCCAAAUUUGCAAGGAGGCCUUCAGCGUAGACAAGAUCCAACGGGUCAGCGGCCCGCGCCUGCUGGACCUGCUUCACCUCGACACCAUCCCGAGCUUAUCUGAACGGAUAAUCGCCCAGUUGGAUGCGCGUCGUCUCUUUAGUAGAGCAUUUUUUGCGGCUCAAUUGAGGUACUAUGGCAUUCCUUUUCCGCCAUCCGCUAAAAGCGCAACACUGAAGGCCUUACUUCGUGAUGAGGUUUGUGAAGGCAAAUGUGAUAGCGUUCCUGAAUCAGUGGUUGAGCUGGAAGCCGCCAUGCGACGCGACUAUGAGCCUCUAUACCAGAAAUGGGAGAGCGAAUUCGCCGCAUGGAGCGCCGAAAAAGAGCGGCUAAAUGAUGAAGCUUUUGAGAAGUGUGAAACACCCAGCGAACAGGCAUCCUUCGACAUCCGUCGCUUUUUGGACCGUUACUACUUGACAGAUGAGAAGCCGGAUCAGACAAAGACUCCAGAAACGCUGGUUUUACACGGUGAAGGCGGAUUGAGUAGUCUGUCCUGGAAGGCUCGUGAAAUCCCCGGCCUUCACACUUGGAGCAGUUUUCAUCAAUAUGGGGAUCCUGUUACGUGUUUCAUAGGAUGGGACCGUGAUGAAAUCAAGCGAUUAGGAAGAGAAUUCGUUGAUCGUGAGGCUGAGGCUGAGAGAGCCCGACGAAGGUCAAAGUGGGAAGAGCAUAUGGAAACCCACAAGAAAUAUAUCGCUGGCAUACAGCCAAAGGAGAAGGCUGCUCACGGGGUGGAUGAAAGCUCCAAACCGUUCGACCUUGAUCGCUGCAUAGGCUCCUACGUUAUUCGAUGUGACGCGAUUACGGACGAAUGGUCGACUGAACACACGGGAGACACGCUUUCGAUGGAUAUCUCUUACAACAGCACAGGAAACAUGUUGCUUGCCGCUUAUAAUUUCGGCAUCCUCAAAGGAACCAUGACUCUUAGUUUGUCUGAAGACACGCUCAAAGAAAUGUUUGGUGCAGAAGAUGUAGAUUCUGAAUCCUCCAUAAGUGAGGAAGCAGAUGAUACCGGCGAAGAUGACGAAGAUGACAAAAACAACAAGCAUGGUGAGCAUGAUGAGCAUGAUGAGCAUGAUGAGCAUGACGAAAAUGGCAAAGAGAGCAAAGGUGGUAUCGUUGCGGAGGAAUCUACCAAUGGAAAGAAACGCAAAGCCUCAUUGGAGCAAGAUACAGAUCCGGCGACACAUCCUUAUGAUAACGCAAAGAAACGCAAGACUGCCCCUGAGCCACCCCCGUCGCGCCGCGUUUACUUGCGUCUUGAAGGAUAUGAAACUGGCGAAGGCGAGGAAAUAUAUUUCCCUGAGCCCGGCCACAUAAAUUUUACAAGCGAUGGCUGUGUAAAAUUUGAAGGAUUGAUGUACACUUUGUCAUAUGUUGGGGAGAAUGUCAAGUUUGAGGGCUAUAAAAUAUCGGACAAGCCACAGGUACAGCCAGGAGAUUUUGAACGAAGUAUGUACGAGGUUGUGUUUGAGUGA